UGGAUCCGACUGUAUAUCUUAGACCUCAGCCUCUUGAUCGACUCGGGGGCCUGGGUGCCAGUGGCACGAGAUUCUCAGCAAAGAACGAGAGAGACGGAGUGAGAGUUAUGGGAACGUCUGAAGCAGCUUACAGGAGCCUCCCAUGGCAAACCAAGCUCUUCUGUUCAAUCAUGGGCGUUUUCACGGACAUGUCCCUUAGGAAGGACGGCACGAUCAACCGCAGGCUUUUUGGAACCAUCGACUUCACGUCACCGGCUUGCGGUCGGCCGACAAAUGGUGUCUCCACUGCCGAUUUCACAGUGGACUCUUCCACCGGCCUCUGGUUUCGACUCUUUACCCCUACCGGAACCCCCGCCGGGAAGAAACUCCCGAUUAUCGUCUUCUUCCACGGCGGAGGGUUCGCUUUUUUGGCGGCCAACUCGAAAGCAUACGACGCUGUCUGCCGGCGGUUCGCUCGGCGUCUCCAAGCCUUGGUCAUCUCGGUGAACUACCGCCUUGCGCCGGAGCACAAGUUCCCGACGCCCUACGACGAUGCGGAGGCUACUCUCCGCUGGAUCUCUAAGCCCGGGCGUCUGCCUGAAUCAGCCAACCUCGGUAGGUGCUUCCUAGCCGGCGACAGCGCGGGCGCGAACAUCGUCCACCACGUCGGCUCUCGCGUAGCAGCUGCCAGGUCGUUGAAGGAGGAUGACUUCUGGCCCCUGAGGAUCGUAGGGCACGUGAUCAUCCAGCCGUUCUUCGGCGGCGAGGAGAGAGUCCUGUCGGAGCUCCGCCUGAGAAACGUCCCCAUAGUGUCCAUCGAGCGCACGGACUUCCUAUGGCGCGCUUUCCUGCCGGAAGGAGCGAACCGCGACCAUCCGGCGGCGAACGUCACGGGGCCUCACGCGCCGCCCCUGGCGGAGAUUGGGCUCCCGCGGACCCUCGUGGUCGUCGGGGGUUAUGAUCCUCUCCAAGACCGGCAGAGGCUGUACUACGACGACCUGAAGGAAGCUGGCAUUCAGGCGAGGCUGCUCGAGUACCCGGACGCCAUCCACGCCUUUUACGCGUUCCCGGAGCUUCGCGAAUCCGGCGAGCUCAUAGCUGAGAUCAAGUCCUUCAUCGAGGAGCAGGCUCCGUCCGGCGAACUCUGAUCCGCCACGUUCCUCCCGGGCGUUGCCGCACGGUGAUAUCUUUUAAGUUUGUCGGGCAUUUGGACAGUUUGGAGGUGAUGAAUGGCUAAUUAUGUGAAACCGUAUAAUUUGGAAAUGUUGGGAUUUGGAGAAUAAGGCAUACAUGUGAUCAUGACUUAAAAGUUUACAAUUUUUUUUUUGUCCCUGUAACACUUCAAGAUUAUUACUAUGUGUUAAAAAAGUGUAUGCUUCUCCUAAGUAUUCGAAGGUGAAUAUUAUGUCA